CCUCCGUCACCAACGACCCAUGCAUAUCUAUCUGAUCUCCACGACGCGCCUAAGCAAUCCAUCUCCAUCUCCCUAUAUAUAAUGGAUCGAAAGCUCGACAUGCAUUACAUCUAUCUCAAAUCAUCUCUCUGCCUCAUCUCAAGAAGAACAAAGCUUACUAUACCCAAGAUCGAUAUAAAUUUCCCUCUGUAUAGAGCUUCUUUGAUUUCAUUUGCUAGCUAUGAGCUACCAGACUCCUCCUCCUGCUGCCACAGGGUACCCCUACCCGGCGCAAGAAGCAGGGCAGCAGCAGCAGCAGGCGUACCCUGCCUACGUGGCGCCGCCGCCGGCCGGCUACCCGACCAAGGACGGCCCGCAGGAGCAGUACCCCGCCGGCGCCGGCGCCGGCGAGACCACCAGCCGCGGCCACCACCACCACCACCACCACGGCGACGGAUUCUGGAAAGGAUGCUGCGCUGCACUCUGCUGCUGCUGCCUCCUCGACAUGUGCUUCUGAUGAGCAAGCAUGGUGGUUCAUCGAUCAUGCAUGCAUGGUGAUCAUGCCAUAUGAUGUGCUGUGUGUAUUGUGUAUAUCACUAGUUCAUAUAUACUACUCCAGUAUUUAUUGUGUACUUAAAUUAUGUGUUGAGUGGAUGUGUUGAGCACCAUCUUUUUGUCUGAUGGUGUUUGUUUACUUGAUCAUAUCUUGUUCAUUCUGUAUAUUUGGGGUCAUUUGUGAUAUUCAAUUUGGUGGAUUAUUUGGUACCA